GGAUCCCUGGGGAAUGCAGGCAGCAUUAAACACAGAACACUGAAUAUUGCUGCUCAGGGCAGGGGGUCCUCCUGCAGAGGAGGCACUGCUGGACCAGCACCAGCAGAAAAGGGAUCAGAUUCUGAGCAUUCCCUAGAGAACCUGCUGGAAUUGUAUUGGCAGAAAAGUGUUUUUCUGAGCAUCCCCUAGAGAACCUGACCAGCAGCAUGGAGCUGAGGUCGGGUGAGGCAUCAGGGAAGGUAAAAGAAAAGGAGGAGAGAGGAAAGAGAGCCCACAGAGACUCCUCCCGAGACGUGCUGGAGUGGAGGGAGUCCUUUGACCAGCUCCUCAAGAGCAAAAGCGGGGUAAAUGCCUUCCACACCUUCCUGAAGACUGAGUUCAGCGAGGAGAACCUCGACUUCUGGCUGGCAUGCGAGGACUUCAAAAAGACCCGCUCGAAAACCAAGCUGGCCUCCAAAGCCAACAGGAUCUUCGAGGAGUUUGUCCAAAGUGAGGCGCCCAGGGAGGUGAACAUCGACCACGAAACCAGGGAGAUCACCCGCAAGAACCUCUCGGGGGCCACCUCGGCCUGCUUCAACGAGGCGCAGGCCAAGACGCGCACGCUGAUGGAGAAGGACUCCUACCCCCGCUUCCUGAAAUCCGCCUCCUACCAGGACAUGAGCAGGCAGGCCGCCGGCCGCGGCUCCAGCAAGCGCCCGCACACCUGAGGCGGCCCGCAGCGGCGCCGGGCGCAGGGCGGGGUGCGCUUCGCGAGGCCCCGUGUGCCGGGGCGCCGGCUGAGCUUCUGGGACCGCGGCGGGAUCCCCGGCGCUUCCCGCUCCCCGCGGAGCCGGCACCGCGGAGCCCGGAGCCUCCCCUCGCGGCUCCGAGAGCUCGGGUUUGAGCUGCAGCUCCGGGGAAGGAGAUGGGAUUCAUUCCCCCCCCCGAGCAUCCGCAAGCCAAGAGCUCCCACCUGCUCGCGGGAGCCUGCCACUCCCUCUCGCAGGGGAUGGCCAGGAUGAAAACCCCGAGGCUUGGUGGCGUUUUCAGCUGCACCUGCCUUCUCCUGAUGCCAAGAUCCUCCAGCUGUGUCCUAUGCAUGCUCGGCAUCGAAGCUUUCCACCUCCUUCCAGUGCAGUGACGUUCUUCUCCCUUGCUUGAGCUCCACGACCUUCAGAUUGCACCUAAUCUUAGGUCACGUGCCUGAUGUUUUAUUCCUGUUAUUGUUAUUUAUUUCAUCAUUGUUGCUGUUAUUAUAUCUAUAUUUAUCAGAGGAGCACUGCUGAAAGCACACACGCAUGUCCCUUGCUCCGAGGAGCUUGUAAAUUAAAUUAUUUUAGCUGUUGUAGCACUUAGCAUGCCUCCCACCUUUUCUGUGUAAUAAUUUGAGAGGACCAGGCAGAUUUGUAGCACAAUUGUGGAGCAAGGUAUGCCAGCAGCAGCAGGGAGAGCUGCUAGAGGCUUUGGAGGACCAUGGAUGGCAGUGCAGGGAUGCUUUGCAGCCCAUGUUGUUCCCUCUCUCCCUUUAAAGUUGUGGAAGGCAUCUCAGCACACAGCAGCUUAUCCUAGGCAGGGAACCAGAGAGGUCAAACAGGCAACUCUAUGGAAACCUUGAUUUUCACACAUGGGAGAGAAAAGCCGGGGCUUUGCCUGGGUUUCUAAUUGGGCUUGGUGCUCCCUGAGAUGGUGAAACCGGUCUGCAGCCACAGCACUUUUCCAGAAACCCAUGGAGUGAGCCAAACCCGUGCCGUGAACCCAGUGACUGGGAGGGGUGGCCGGACACAUCACCAGCCCGGAGCUGGGGGCAGCUCUUCAGGAAGUCCCUCUCAGCAGGAAUUCUGGGCUCCUGGAGAGGUGUGGAUCCCACCUGGCAGCAGCUGCCUGGGUGGGCAAUGUGGAGCCUGUGCUGGGCCCUGGGGAAUGUGCCAGCAGCACUGCUCCCUGCUGCGGGCUGCUUUCCAGGGCUCUGCUUAUCCCUGAAGACCAACCUGGAGAUCCUUGUCCCACUGGUACUCACUCCUUGCCACAGGAACUCUCUUUUGCCCCCCUGUCCCAGCAACAGCCAGAGCACAGCAUCCUUGGGGCUUUUCACAGCUGCUUGAGCAGAGCAAGGGACCAAGGACCAGUUUGGGGAUGUUACUCUGAGUGCUCUUCCACCAUCCUCAUCCUGGUCCCACCUCUGAGCCUCUGGCUGUUGUCCUGGCUGUGUUUACAGGGAGAUAUCAGCUGCUUCCUUAUUUAUUAUUUAUUUUUACAACUGGAACCACCUUUGCUGUGUUACUGAAGCGGGCGAUGCACAAUGGUCUGUUCUCAUUACCGACGUCAAGUUGUCCUUACAAAAUAAAAUGUAAAGAGAAAAAUAGCCU